CUUAAGCUUCAGGCUUUAGUCAGUAGGAGCGUAUGGGUAGAGAAAAAGGUAUAUAGUUUGUUAGCUCAGUUCAGUCUAGUUGUGCACUGAGGCAAGUUCGUCAAAUGUUGGAAGAAAGAAAUUGGAAUUGAAGUUAGUACUUGGGCAAGAUGGCGUCAACUAUGAAUAAAUACAAACAGCACAAAGAUGAUGAUGAAGAUGAUUUGGAGGCUUUGCGUAUGGCGGCCUUGAUGACGAUUGGCAAAAAGCAAUCUCAACCCCCUCCUGUUCCAAAUGUGAUUUUUAAACCUCAUCUCGUCAAUCCAAACCUGAUAGCUAUUAUACCUGAAGGUGCUGAACACAAGCCCAUGGUACACAAACCACUGCCUAGACAGCCCUUCUUUAGGCACCCACCCAUGAGGAAUCAUCCACCUAUGUACCGGCCUCAGAUCUCCUCGACACUGAAACAGAUACCUCAAGUCCAGAUUAAGGUUGAACAAGGCACUGCACCAACAGAAAAGAAAGAGGAUAGCGAAAAGGAGGAAGUGUCAACAAAGUUUAGUCGAUUUGAAGAUAUAGAAUCAGAAUCAGAGGAUGAGAGUGAGACUGAGAAGAAAGAGUCUGAAUCAUCUGAUGAGUCUGAUGAUGUCCUCGCUCUGGAAGAUGAUGAUGACAGUCUGGAAGCAUUAAUGGCACAAAUGGAACAUGAGAUAGAAGUGGGUAUUGACCCAGAACCCAGCAAAAAAGAUAAGAAAAAAGGUAAAAAUACUAAAGCUAAGGAGAAAGAAGCAAAGACAGAAAGACGACUUGAAGACAAAAACAGACUUGAGGAGAAAAUUAAUUUAGAGAAAGCUAAAGUUGAAACAAAAACAGCAGUUGUUGAACCUACAUUUAAAGAAAGUUCAGAAUCUAAAAGUGUAAAAUGUGAAAUUAUUAAAGACCAAAGAAGUCCUUCUCCAUUACUUACCAAAACAAUGCCUCCAGUUAAAGUACAUCCUUUAACAAAUAAAGCAACUGAAGAUAAAUCAUCCUUAAAUAGGAUAACAGUGGACAGAAAAUCAAUAUCUCCUAUUAAAGAAAGAUCUCAAUCUCCUCAUAAACAAAAUUUUCAUAACUCUCCUCAUAAGACUGAUAGGGUGGCUGUCACCUCAAAGUCUCCUAUUGAACGAAGAUCACAGUCCCCAAGAAGAUCACAAAGAUCUAAGUCCCCUUUUUCUAGAGUUCCCCUAUCUCCAACAAGGCGAAAGUCUCCAAUGAGAAAGACUUCUCUUGAAAGACGGUCACCCUUGAGAAGAUCACUAGAUAGAGACAGAUAUUAUUCAAGAAAUAAAUCUCCCUCACCUUACUACAAAUCGAGAGAAAGAGAUUCUAUGCCAUUGCACAGGUCACGGAGUCCUGUUAGGAGAAGAUCAUUGUCUCCUAGAAAGGAUGUUAGAAAUCCAUCCCCUAGGUAUUAUCGUAGAAAAUCCCGCUCUCCAUGGAGUCCUGUUAGGAGACCAGCUUCCCCAAUUAGAUCUCCUUCACCAAGGUAUCGAUCUCGGUCUCCUCUUCAUCGUCAUUCUUUAUCUCCUCGAAAUAAGAAAUAUACUAAGUCAGUAUAUCAACAUUCUCCUCCAUUUUGGGGUUCACCAAAGCGAAGAUCACCUUCCCAAUCUCCUAGAAGAUCCAAAUCACCACGAAAGCGUGAAUAUUCUCCUAGAAGAGAUUAUAGUUACAGAAGGAAUUCUUUGAGUCCCAAACGAAAGUCAUCUCCUCAUUACAAGAAAUACUCACCACCCACCCCAAGAAGUCCAAAGCAAAAACCAAGGAGUCCAUCCCCUAAAAGGAAUGUAUCUCCUAAAAGGAAAAUAUCUCCAGUUGUGGUGAAGGAAACACGACCCCAAGUAAAUCGUAAAAGUAGAACGCCUUCUUUAAGUUUAAGCCCUUCUCCUUCAAGAGAAGCUAAGGAACCAGCUCGCAGACACAAGUCUCCUCUGAGGCCUCGUAAAGAAUCUAAUGAGAAUGUUACCAGUCGAACAUCAAGGGCAAGAAGAGGUAACUCUCCAGAUAAUAGGCAUAGUGAUGGAGAUGCCAGGGAGAGGAGGAAGCCAAGUAAUAAAGUGUGGGAAAAAGAAGGAAGGCAGUGGGAUCGGAAAGCAGAUGAUAAACGGAAAGAUAGAACAGAAAAAAUGUCAAGAGAAUCUAAGAGAGAUAAAGAGACCAAUAGAACAGAAAAACAAAAACAAGAAGAGCCUAAAGAUGAGCCUGUUAGUCUCAAAGUUACAAAUAAUCCAGUGUUUGAAGCAAGGAGAAAAAAAUUUGAAUCAACUGUUGUUGUAGAGCCAGCUGGUAAGAAAAUUCGCUUGGUUAGCAAGAAAAGUAGUCCAGUUGAAGAGAAGAUAAAAAUUGAAGAUAAAUGUGUACCGGUAAUUGAAGAAAAGAAAAAUGUAGAUAACAGAGAGUGCAGUGCGCAAACUGAAGAUGAUUUGUUUAGUGGUCGUGAGGAAAUUGAUGAAAUUGAUAACUUCUUAAAUGAAGAUGUACUUGACUUGUCAGCAGAAGUAUGGUCAUCAGAUGAUGAAAUAUUUUCAAAAGUAAAUAAAGCUAAGCCCAAAAUAUCAAAAAAAUCACCAGUGAAGCAGGCAGUAGUCAAAGAACGUAUCUCUUUGAAAGAAAAAGAAGUGAAAAAGUCAAUUUCGACUGUGAAUACCAGCCCAGUGGAAGUGAAGAAGCGCAAGUCAGCAAGUCCUCUGAUAUCCAAAAAGAGUCCAGAGCCAGAAGUGGAAAAGGACAACAGUGAUCUUCGAGCGGCACUGCGGCGACGCCGUGAAGAACGUCUAACCAAGGCUGGAUCACUUCAUGAGAAGCUCCCUAAACGAUUGCUACAGUCUGCAUUUGAAAGUGCUCUAGGAACGAAAAAGCCCAAGAAAGAGGAAAAGUCUCAGAAAAGCUCUAAGGUAUCUAAAAGUAAAGAAGCACCACCAACUUCUCCUGUCCAUAGAGAAAAAAGUGAUGGUCGCAGAGUGUUGGUAUUAAAACGUCCCGCUCCUGUUAGAAUGCAAUCAGCUCAUAUUAAUGUCACAUUCCCUAAGGAUUGUGGAUCUGAUUCAGAGUCAUCUUACUCAUCAUCAUCAUCCGAGGAGCGGUACUCUGCACCAGUCUCCAACAAACGCAAACUGCCUGUUUAUAUGAGGCUGGGCACCACACAAUGCAAGCGCUCCAGCGGUGGUCGCAAGGUCAAGCUGCGCUCCCGUAGGAGUCAGAAACCCAUCCUGUAUGUUCCUAUCCCACUCCGUAUAACAUUGAUCCCUGAUCACUGUGUUUAAACUGCACCAUACCGAUGAAGCUGUCAGAUACUAUUCAAAGUCUACAAGGGAACUGACAAUAAAGCCACAGAACUGAUCAAUGCAAAAUAUGAAGACUUUAAUUUGCUGUUUGCAGUUGUGUUGUUGAGUUCUUAAACAAUAUGAAAAUCCAUGCAUUAUUUACAAAAACAUUGUUCUCUUGUGUUCAAACUUUUUUUUUUGAAUACGUUUAGUGAUGUAAGGCUCAGUGUGCUUUAGCAGUUCUUUUCCCAUGUAAAUUGUUAAUAUGUCAUUAAAAUAUAUUUACUAAUAUAUUGUUCCUUGUUAGUUUUUAACUUGUACCAUUAGUUUUAGUUACAUAAUGAAAUUAUGUAUUAUACAGUGCUUCUUAAAUAAAUAUACUAUACACAGUUGUAAUAGUUCAAUAAAGCUAUUGAAUGUUGUAUCAUUUUUGUUUGGUGUUUUGUGCAAAUGUGGUCUUUGAGAUUGUUUUAUAAAUAUUGUUACCCAUUUUUAUUAGUUUGCCAUUAUUGCCAGUAAAUUAGUUUUAAAACCCGUUAUUAAAGUGGAUACAAAUAUUUUACUUUUGUAUGCAUUAAGUUGUUAAAUUGUGAUUGUGUUUAAAUUAAUUGUCACAUGAAAGUCAUUGAGUUCUUUACAAAAGUUCACUUUACAUUGAAUAUGUGAUUAAUUUUUCUUUGAAUUUCUAUUAAAGAUCAAAUUAUUGUUGUUGGUUCAAAAUAAUUUAUUAAAUUGAUAUUGUAUGUUUUUGUGUAUUAUUGUUUGGCUGUAUUAACUUUCUUGUACAAGCCAAUUUUAUGGUUAGUUUGUAUAAUAGAUGCUCUAUAAUGUAUUAAUAAAUCAUAUUUUUUAUGAAUGUUACAAAUAGUUUAUAUGAGAAAAUCUAUGGUAUAAGAUUCCAGUCAAUUAGUUUUCGUUACUGUCAGUUUAUCUGCAUCUGUGUUGUGAGGGCCACAUUCCUUUGGAAAAUAUUAACUCUUUACUGAAGAUAUAUAUACAUAUUUAUUUGUUCUUUUAAAUUUAUAUAGUACUUUUAGCUGACACUCAUCGUCUUCCAUACAAUGAAAACAUUAAAACAUUUAAUUUAAAAAAGAAUGCUUUAAUUGUCAUACAGCAAACAUGGUAUUGAUAUCAAAGAAAUAUCAACAGAAAAAUGGAAAAAUAUGCACUUAGUAGAUGUGAGUAGUCUGUUUGCAAUUUUUUCUCUAAAUUAUUGAAUUUUUUUAUACAAGGCCAUAAAGUUAUGUUUUACAAAUAUAUUAGCUUUUUUGUAAAUAUGCAUUCAUUAUAGACCAUAAGGCUUGUAAGAUAUUAAUUAAUAUUAGACUACCAAUUAGACUUCAGGCAUAAAUGCAACAAACAUUUUUACUGUAAACUUUGGAGUAAAAUUAUAUGUUGUACAACAUUUCUUAAGUAGUAGAUCUAAGUAGUAAGUAAAAGCUUUACUUGGAUUGAGUAUUAAUUUUAUUUCCUUGUGCAAAUUUAUAUAAAACAUAGUGGACAGUAAUUCAGUAUAGGACAAGAAAAUAUUUAAAUUAAGUUGUCUAAAGUUCAGAAAACAUUUUAACAUGUUAGGCAUACACUUUUACUUCCAUUUUGAACAAACACUAAAACAUUCUCAUAUAAUAUGUUAUAUUCACCGUAAAUUUAAUUUCUAUCCUAACAUUUGUAUAUAUUUACAUGUUGUCAACAUAUUCAUAUGCUUGAAAUACUACUUGAAAUUUUGUUUUAAAAGUUUAUUUAUUAAAAAUUAUAUAAUGUGAAUGUGGCCUUUAAAGUAAAAGAAUUAAUUAAUUAAUAACAUUUUGAGAUAAAAUAUAGUUUUUCCAUUUGUAUGGUUAUGUUAUGAAUCUGGAUUAUAAUCUGGUGUAGUAAAGAAUCGUCUUAAUAUUUUGUAAGGUAUCUUCAAUUGUACAUUUUGUAUUUAUUGUUAAUACUGUUGUUUGUAAUGUGUGUGUAUAAUAUUUUUGUUUGUGUUGUUUUCAUUAUUUUGUAUUUAGGAUUAUAAAUAGUUGUGUAAAAGUGAGAUUCAUUUCAAAAUCCAAUAUACAAACAAAGAAGAUGACAUUUUAACCCUUUGGUUAUUGAUGGCCGAGUGUUAAUGAGAAUGGUAAUUUGUAAAUCAGUCUAAUCCUCAUAUCCCAGUGCACUGAGCCAAGAAUUGUAAUAUGUUGUGUAAAUAGAGUGAGGGGGUCUGUACAGUACAGUAUGUACACUUAGUUAGGAUCAAGUGAUUUUCUUAAAAUAGAAAAUAUAUAUUUUUCACAUUGAAAGAAAAUUGAAAUAUUUAUUUAUCCUUGUAAAUCUUUGUACAGGUAACUUUUAUAAAGUGUAGAAUGCAGUGCAGAUGUGUAUUGUGGCUUUUUGAAUAAUUAUGAAUACUAUGAUCUCAAAAUAAGUGAAAAUGAUGAGUAAUAAACCUCUGCAAAACAGAACCGGUGAUUUAUUUCUGUUACAUUUGUAAAAUAUUUAUCAAAUAAAUUUGUUGUUUUCAA